CAAAAAUCUGCAGCUUUUUGACUCGCUCAACGUCUCCGGUUUCUGCCUCUCCGGUCACUGGUCAGCUCUGAUAGUCUGUUAUCGGUCCUUCCCAGUUCCAUCCUUUCUGGCAAGUUGCAUUUUCAUUCUCAACGGAACAGGAAUUGUUAAUUUAUCCACAUCUUGUGGUGCCAAAUAAUUUAAGUCGUUCAUCAGAACUUGACAAAUCCCAGUGACAAAAGUGCCCAUUGUUUCGGCACUGUGAAGAAGUGAUAAAUAAAGCUGGUAACCUUGUUUUAGGUUCCUAUGCUUUCAUCAUUUCCAGUUGUGUGGGUGAACUUAGAUGGAUGUUCCCUCCUCGGAACUGCAUUCCGAAAAUCAAACUGACACUUUUCCAUUGUUAAUGGAGCAAUCUGAGAACUUCAGUGAACAUAUUAUUGACAUACCAAGAAGCGGUGAUACUUCCUCAUCAAACUUGUCUCAUGAUACAACUUCGAAUGGGUUGGAUGUUUUGCAGCAUGAAGAAAGACCUUCUAGUAGUACAAGAGUGCUAGUUUCUCAACCUUCAACGUUUUCUUUCAAUGGUACAAAUUCAAGAACCUCCUCAUCUGCAAGGAGAGGGGAUGCCCGUCACCGGAGGAGUCCACUAAAUUCUGGAUUGUGGAUUUCUGUUGAACUAGUUCUUACAGUGAGCCAGAUUAUAGCAUCUAUUGUUGUCCUGGCUUUGUCAAGAAAUGAGCGUCCCCAUACACCGUUGUUUGCGUGGAUUGUGGGUUAUGCAUCUGGAUGUGUAGCAACUCUCCCUCUUCUUUAUUGGCGUUAUCAUCAUCGUAACCAGGCUUCUGAGCAAGACUCAGGUCAACAUCGUCACACUUCACACAUUAAUGUCCCUGCCGGACCCUUUUCUCUCUCUGUUACAAGGACUUCUGAUGGGGGUGAUCAUCAUACUGCAACUACUUCUCCUCGAGGUGGUCAAAAUGUGGGAGUAACAAGUGCAAGAAUUAAAGCACUAGUGGAAUACUUCAAAAUGGCUUUAGAUUGCUUCUUUGCGGUUUGGUUUGUGGUUGGCAACGUUUGGAUCUUUGGUGGGCACACAUCUGCUAGUGAGGCUCCUCACUUGUACAGGUUAUGUAUAGUUUUUCUUACAUUAAGCUGUAUUGGAUAUGCAAUGCCCUUCAUUCUAUGUGCUACAAUCUGCUGUUGCCUGCCUUGCAUUAUUUCUGUCCUUGGAUUUAGAGAGGAUCUAUCACAUGCCAGAGGGGCCACACCUGAAUCAAUAGAUGCUUUACCAACAUACAAGUUCAAGGUGAAGAAAAGCAGAAAUGGUGAUGGUAGGGAAAUCAACUCAGGUGCUGGUGAGGGUGGGGUAGUGGCUGUUGGAACGGAAAAGGAACGCGUCAUCUCUGGAGAAGAUGCAGUCUGCUGCAUUUGUUUGGCAAAAUAUGCAAAUAAUGACGAGUUGAGAGAGUUGCCAUGUUCUCAUUUUAUGCACAAGGAAUGUGUGGACAAGUGGCUUAAGAUCAAUGCUUCCUGUCCUCUUUGCAAGAGUGAGGUUGGUGAGAACAUAUUGGAUGCAAUCUCGGGGACAAGUGCUAGCAUCCUGAGCUCACUCUCCGGAGCACACGAUAACCAGCGACGAGCUGCAUACAGUUUGAUGAUCUUUCUUCUUAUGUGUUGGGUGGUCGUCCCUUCCAUCCUCUAUGGUUGUCUUACGGGUUGAGAUUGAGAUGUAGCUUGUUAGACACACACAUGGCAAUUCUUCAAUCACCACUAUUGUUGGAGCCUAAUUGUGCAAUGGCCAUGUAAAAUUUCUUACUAUGUCGCCAAUCAUAAUGGAAUUGAUUUUCUAUGUAAUUACACAUAUAUAAUAGAGAUAUAUAUUGCAGAAAUUGCAAUAA